AUAACUGGGAAGGACUUGGGAGGAGUGGGCUUUUGCGGGGCAGGUGCCGGGAAAAUCCUGCGUCCCGCGUCAGUGGCCUUACCCUUGAGAACUCGCUCCUAAAGGGGUUUUUACCUCCGGGAAACCAUGGAGCAGCAGGUGCACAAUUGUCUUGGGGGCGGGAGAUGAAAUUUUAAAAAAGGGUCGAGAGCAAACUCUCGACCAUCGCCAGGUAUAAAUGUUAACACGAACUUUUGCGCGUUGGGGAAAGGUUUUAAAGGAGUCAGCUAACCAGGCAAGGCCCUCUGCAAAAGGAAACUCGAAUCUCUUAUAAAGAGCGGAUUUCUUCUUCAUUCUCAGCCAGGCGAUGGAUGGAAAGUUCCGAUGGCGGUGCUGCGUUCUGGACCCUGUCCUUAAGUUGCCUGCCUUCCUGGGGCCGGUGGUGGCCCUUCCAGGCAGCUCUCUGGGCCCGUCAAGGACUGUCAUACUCCAAGACAGUCGGCUUCCCAAGACGCUGAUUUGGCUGGAGUGCUGAAAUCUGCCCCAGCAGUCACUGGCCGGCGGACUUCCCGGUGCUCCCGUUCGGGCAUCAUGGUUAAUAUUAACCUCCACUAUCACGCUCCCCGGGUUUGGACGAAAGAGCCUGCGGGGCGCCGCUUUUCGGACUUCCCUCCGGCCGGAGAGAUGUCCGCACUCUGGGGGUGGGGAAGCAAGUCCACCCCCAGCCGAGGCGGACGUGAACGGAGGAGAGGCCUUCCUGGAGGCGGCGGCGCGGCGCCGGGCUCUGGCGGUAGCCGCCUGGCCACCGGAACUGGCUCCCCCGCCCCCACUCCUAACCGCAGGCGGCCGCGGGGUCGAGUACUUGACCUCCCCCGCCCCGAGCAGGGCAUCCCCGCGGGCCGGCCGCUGCGGUCCCCCAUAAGCGGGCGGCCACUGGCCCGACUGCCAGGGGGCGGGAGGCGCCCCCAGCCCACGGUCGCCCACGCGGGACUCGUCUGGCGCAGGAUCCGGCCUUCUGCCCCGGGUGCGGCUGCCUCGGGGCCGUCCGGCGAGCCCUACACCCUCGCGACUCCGCGGGGCCCCCUCCGGCCACAGGCACCCGGGCUCGGCCCCCCCAAGCCCCGGGCCUGGCCGCGUGGAGCGUGGCCGCGUGGAGCCUCGCGGCGCCCGCCAGCGCCCCCUAGCGCCCCGCGCGCGUCCUACGGCGGGAAGCCCUCCCCGCGCACCGGCCGCGUCUGCCCGGCCUCCUCCCGAGGCGCUGCCCUGCCCCGACGGCGCGCACCGACCCAGCAGCGGCCUCCCGCGGGGCCGCUCGGGCGCGGGCUCGAGUCCUCGCCUCUGUCCCCCGGCGUCCGUUGCCAGUGCACGGAGCGUUGCCGCAGCCGCCACAACGCGCGAAACGUUCCUGGCUUUCUCACAACCGACGUUUGAGCGAGAACAACGUUUAACAUUGUUGGCAUCUCAAAGGCGAGGCACCGGGCGCCUGGGUGGCUCGGUCGAUUGGGCGGCCGACUUCGGCUCCGGCUCAGGUCUAGAUCUCAAGGUGUGUGAGUUCUAGCCCCGCGUCGGGCUCUGUGCUGACAGCUCGGAGCCUGGAGGCCUGCUUUGGAUUCUGUGCCUCCCUCUCUCUCUGACCCUCCCCAUGGUGGCUCUCUGUCUCUCCCUCUCUCUCUCUCAAAAGUGAAUAAACAUUAAAAGAAAGGAGAUGUGCCCUGCUUAACGUAUAUAAAACCCAUCCUUUCCCAUUUUCUGUAUAUGCACUCCAUUUCACAUUCAGACGUGAUUUUAAAAAACAAGGGUUUUACAAUAGUUUGUAUUCUUAUAAGAUAAUAAAAUCUUUUUAUAAAGUGGAAAAUUAAUGAUCCCUAAUAGAAAACACUUUUUCCCCUCUCCUAACGUUAUCUCCUUCCAUCUGGUUUUAAGCUUGUAAUGAACAUUUAUUGUGUAUUGUCCACAUUUCAAAUCGUUGUCUCUCCAGUUCUCCGUUACUGACAUCUUUGUAAGUUUGGAAGUAAAGCCCUAAAAAUAUUCCAUGUAUUUGGAGAUGUUACAUUCUUUUGCAAAAUUAAAUGUGCCUGCAUCAG